CAGUGGCAGCUUUUUGUACAGGCAUUGGAUCCCGCUAAGUCUGCAGGAACAACAUAAAACUUAGUUCUACCUGCCUGAGUCUCACAAGGUCCUAUCCUGCAGUGGAAAUACUAAUUUUGUUUAAUUGGAUACUAAUUAAUUAGUGAUAUAUACGGUUGGAAGGAUACCAGAUCACAAUGGCUUAUAUUGUAGUGCGACAUUUGCCAAAGGAAGAGAUUGACAAGUUGAAUGCGACACCAAGAAGCUUGGACCAGAACUUGAAUAAUCACGCCAGUUCUGUCGGUAACUUCCGCAUCAAAGGAUUUGUAAACAACAACUUCGUAAAGGCGUCGUUUCCACGAACAAUCCCAGCUGAACCAAUUUUACCAAGAUCUGAUGACCCAAAAGUCGAUCUAAGUCCACCCAGAUCUAAUACACAGCCUCAAGCACCACUCUCCCCUCCCCACCACCCACCACCCCCGGAAAUGAAUGGUUACCAUAACCAAGCUCCGGUCUUUGAUAGACAAAAUGGCUAUGCCCCAGCCACAAAUGGUCACAUCAUGAACGGUCAUUCCCAUGAUAAUGGCUGGGCCAGGGAGAGACCAUCACCAAGAUACGAUAGCCAGGAUAACCCUCUCAGUUACCGUUCCGUUAAUCAACACCAGGGAACAGGAAGGAACUUUAGUGAAGAUUAUGAAAACACUCAAACUGUACCUAUAAGGAACGCAUACGCCAAAACCGACGAUCAAAUCAAAAAGGAAACACGGCAGUUCUUAGAUAGACAGGACGAAGAGAAAAGGUACAAAGAAGAAAGUGUGAACAAGCUAAGGGAAAAACACGAGGAGCAACGAAGGACACGACAAAUGAUGGAAGAGAGUGGACCUUUCGGCAAACCUGGAGCUGGGGCCCCGAAUGGGAAUGAUUACAAGAAACAGAAAUUCAGAGAAGAACAGUUUUAUGGCCAUGAACAGCCCAAAUAUCAAGUCGAGCCGUCUUCUGAAUCAGUCACGCACAGAUUUCAGUUCUGGGACAGUUUUGGCCGUCCUGGCCAUGGUGCCCCACUAAGAACCUGUUCUGGAAAUCUAAAGACUCAACUUGUUGGGGAUGUGAUCAUUCGAUUUCAGGAUCGGUAUGUUCGUGAUAUCGAGAAUCACCGGUUACACGAAAGACCCCCAGAAGAAAAGAAGAAAUACUUUGAUGAUUUGAGGCAACAACAGCAAGAGAAGAAAUCAAAUGGUCAUUUGUCAUCUCCUUCUAAACCAAUCGGGUUUAAUUAUAUGGACUACUUUGGUCGGUGUGGUCCCGGAAGUGGUGCUCCAAUGAUAUCCGAGUCAGGCCAUGUGAAAGCACAAUAUCAAUGCAAGGAUCCACUGAUAUUUUUUCAGAAUCCAGACAUGGCUAGAGAACAAGAUCAAGGUUUGGAUGGUAUGCCGGCCUUCAACUCCCCAGGGAGGAACAAUCUGUCUUCAGAAAGAGAACGGCAUCAUCUUGCCCAGCAAAAUCUUAUGAAGUUGAGGAGGGAGAACGAGAUGUUGGAAAUGUCUAGUCCUGACCCUCAUACGAAUCCAGACCCUAAACAGCACGGUAGAAGGUUCGUCCGAGCUUGGGACACGUUAGAAUUGUCGAAAGCUCCUCCAUACAGAGAGGCGUACAUGAGGCAGAGACCGGACAACGGUCGUCAGUCGAAUCGUCCCCUAUCUAAAAGUGUCAUGGGAUUUGGACCGGAAUAUGGACAUUUUGAAAAGGAUAAGAGAGGUAUAAGCAGUCCUAAAUCAGCUCCGGACACCAAUAGCAAAUUCCUUGAAAACCCGUACAACGACCUCAGUAGGAACCGCUAUGUGCUCAAGCCAAACAGAGAAUUUCAAAUGCCUCCGUACCAUCCGUUCGGUAAAGCUGGUGGUGGCGCACCAAGGCAAGAUGAACAGGGCAACAGGGUCACACAGAUAAUGGGACUCAUGGAUAGAUCGAGCUUUCUUAACCGCAAACCAGAUAGGAAAGAGGAUGAACGGAUGCAAGAUAAGAUAAUGAAGAAGAAAUAUCGUAAUGAGCUGGAUCAACAGGUGGCGCAAAACAUGCGCAAAGGUACCGAACAACAACGUCAUCAACACGAAGGUCAAAGAGAUUAUGCGGAAAUCAUCGAUUCGAGCAGGCGACGUCCGCAAUCAAAACACCAUUUACCUAGAAGCGACAUAUCACUUGCUAAAGAUGGAGCCGUCCCACUAAAUCGCAUUGAAGCCGACAAGUACAGGGAAAGUCUAGAUGAAGGUUUUUUCGCCAAGCAGGCUGACCGCCAACUACAAAGGUAUAAGGAUAACCAAGAGUCUCGUCAGCAUGUUCAACAAAUGACAUCGUAUUGGGGUCGAUAUGGAGGUGGUUACAAGAAAAAUGAAUAUACUACACACAAAGGAAACCUUGAACGACUUCUAAACAACGAGGACGGGAAAGGACGUUUCUCCAUGGCCGAUGUAUACGUAAAAGGGAAGGACUGGUCUCAGUUCGAUGAGAAGACUCCACGAGGGGAUGGAUUCACUUCAGGGAACGCAGCACCACACAUCACCCCUCGCUUUGACUCCCAGGACGAUGUAUCACCUAGAUACUCACGCGUCACCGUUGAUAGUUAUCAUGCUAAUCAGUAUGACUAUCCUCAUGCAGUUUCUACCAUGAAGAAAGACUAUGAGAUGAGAUUACCGUGGGCUCAGCACUAAGACACCGCCUGCCCCAUAGAUACCAAUUGAAGAUUUCUUGUAGCUCGUAGGCAGAAUUCAAAUAACAUUUUAUCAACAUUUGUAAACGGGUCGAAGUAAAAUUAUAUCGGAGAAAGAUGAGCAGAAAAAGAAACAUUUUACACAUGGAUGGAUACUAUGAGGCGUACCACUGUGAUUGAUGUACAAUUUCUCUGGCUUCGGGAAAACAACCUUCUCCGAGGAUUGGUCUCCAUUGCGCAUAGAUAGAUAGAAUAAUAAAAUAUUUAGGAUUGUCUCUAAGGCUUAAAAUAAUCAAUUCGCUCGUACACUUUAGAUAGUUACAUAUAAAACGUUAGGUGAUUUGUUUUCCUGUGACAAUAUAUGGUGUUAGUAUCUCGUUACAUUAUUUUUCCUAACAGUACUAUCAGUAUGUAAGUAAGAAAUAUACUGAUUGGGUUGGAGAUUCUCUGGGAAGGGUCCCGUUACCCUCUGUCCACUCGACGGGAAAUACACCACUGUACCAUUUGUCCAUAUUUUCAAAUUUUCCUCUUUUCUUUGAAAUUCUUAUAAACAUCAAUUAGAUAAUGAUUCAUCGGUAUAAAUCGUCCAUAUGUUUGUGUGUUUUUUAAUUUAUUUUUUAUUGUGCAUGUUUUGAGGGCUUACUUGUACGAAGGAUUCCAAUGAUAUGUAUCAUAGUAUUUGUGAAAAAAAAAUCAUUGAUAUUUCAAUCGGAUUGUUUAAUUCACUUGUUCAAGUAUAUAAAUUACACAUAAAGCUUUGAAGAUGUUUAAAGAAUACACGUUAUAUGUGAAUGGAAAUAUGUAUUUUUCCGUAUUAGUGUUUUGUAAUCAAUUUCGUCCACGGAAAGUCGCACUGCGGUUUCGUAUUUGUAAACAAGAUGAUUUUUAUAGUACUUAAUUGUUCAUGUCACAGUUUUUAUUGUUGCAGACUUACCAAUCGAUUUUGGUCAGCUUAGUCUAUGAUAGAGCGCUCAAUGUUUAAAGAUGUUUGCAUACUUUCAUAACGAAGAAGGAUAAUAUUGAGAUAACAUUAGUUCUCGGAUGCCCAGACCGUAGUUAAGCUAUCUCGAGUUUUAGGGGUUACGUUGCAAGUAGCAUAUGUUUUUAAUGUUUGUUUUUUAUUACCGGGACCAUAUGUUUGAUCAAUCCAUGAGGGUUCUGCCCAAGUUGUCCUUAAAGUAGCACAAAAUUAAUGAUAUCAUUCUGAUGUAUGUAAAUAACGGGUGAGUUUACAUGUUUGUCUGUGAUAUGUAGUUACGUCAUUGUUGUAGAAACAAAGAAUUCUUGAAAUCAUCAAUCACGGGGCCAUAUUGUAACUUAAAUGAACCUAUCUGGAAAGAACCCAUCCACAUUUAGAUUAACAAAGUAAUUAAAUGAUCAUAUUUGAUUAAAGGGGUCAGGUGUUCUGUUACGUAUCAGAACGAUGUGAUGUAUAUGACAUUAUCUGUGAUAAAAUAUUACGUAUUUUUUAAUUUUAUCUUUAACAUGUUUUUGUCAGUGAUGAUGGGAGAAUACAUUAAACAUAUGUAUCUUCUGUACUGAAUUAACCGUCCAUUUUUAUCCCUGUUUAGUUUUCAGACGUCUAAUGCGUUUUAACAUAUACAUAGUAUUUAUUUUCAUUAUAUAUAUAUUUUUACAAAGCAAUGUCAUUAUUUGUUGGUGUAUAGUAUAUAUCUGAUAUACGUGGUGAAAUCGUAAGAAACAUCUAUAAAGGUAAUUACAAUGUAACAGCAUUACUUGCAUUUUCUAUGCAAAUAAACAUUUCACUCGAUUU